AUGUCACCUAAAAUUCAGCACACUCAUCAAUUGCAUCACCUCGGCAGUUGGAUGCCCGCAGACCAUGACGCCCACCGAGAAUGGCUAGGCGGAGUGAUCCAGCACGUGGACAACAACGAAAAAGAGCUUCACCCCGUUCUAAAGGAAUUCCAAGAUCUGAUCGAAACCAACACCCGAGUGUACAUGUUGCUUGAAGGAAUGUUCAAGGAAGUCCCAAACAAGAAGCCCUACAGCCAGGAUCCAACAGGCCACCCCGAAAUUCGUGACUACAAGCACUUUCUCCAGGUCCUCAACCACUUGUUGACAACGGCCCCAUCAUGGACUGACAAAGCCCACCGCGUCGGUUUGGUCGGGCUACCCAUCAAUGCAGUGCUAGACUGGCCAAUGGGCACACCAAGUGGUUACGCUGCAUUCCUUGACCCCGAGAUCAAUGCGAUGUUCAAGAAGAUUCUCAAUGCCUGGGGCGAGUUCUUGCGUUCCCCCGCAUCCGCUGAUGUCCUGAACAAAACCUCUAAUGGCUGGUUUGGUGAGACCGGACACCGGGACCUCACUGCUGUCGCGAAGAUCGGUCCCACGGCUACUGAAACCCUCGAGUUCCACGAGAUGUUCCAUUGCGACCCCUCUGCAUCGAAUUACGGCUACAAGUCAUGGGACGACUUCUUCACUCGCCUAUUCCGCGAGGGAAUGCGCCCGGUCGCAGAACCGGAUAACAACCGGGUUAUUGCUAAUGCAUGCGAGUCAAGACCAUUCAGACUCGCACAUGAUGUGAAAGCCCGCGACAGGUUCUGGAUCAAGAGUCAACCGUACUCAGUGCUGGAUAUGUUGGCCCAUGAUCAGUAUGCUGAGCAGUUCGUUGGUGGUACGGUCUAUCAGGCGUUUUUGAGUGCUCUGAGUUACCACCGCUGGCAUGCACCUGUUUCAGGAAAGGUUAUGAAGGCCUUCGUUGCCGAUGGGACAUACUAUUCGGAACCGUUAUUUGAGGGCGUCGGCAAUCCGCAGCCCCAUGUCCAGGAUAUCGAUAUCGCUGGUCAGGUUACCUCACAGGGAUAUAUUACUUCAACUGCUACCAGGGCUAUCAUCUUUAUUGAGGCUGAUGACCCGGCAAUUGGCCUCAUGGCCUUUAUUGGUGUAGGUAUGGCUGAAGUUUCAACCUGCGAUAUUACCGUCAAGGAAGGUCAGCAUCUUACCAAGGGAGAUGAGAUCGGUAUGUUCCACUUUGGUGGAUCUACUCAUUGUCUUCUCUUCCGGAAGGGUGUUAAUGUCACCGGAUUCCCUGAGCCGGGCAUGGAAGAGAAUAUGCCAGUUCGGAGCCGACUGGCUAUUGUUUCAUAG